GAACCGCUUCCUGUGGCGGUGACCCGGAUGCUAACGGGGCGGACACGCCGCACCGCUGCUGCUGCUGGCGGUUGGGACCGACGUGCAACUGAUUUCUGGAGGCUUCUCGGCGGCUCCGCGAUGAGUUGACGGGAGAAACACUUGAUGAAUUAAGUUUCCAUUAAGAAAUGUUAGAUGGUGGUUACCUGGAGGGUGGAGGUGGACAGGAUGUGUCUUCACUGAUUUGAGGAAUCUGGAGAGCAGUGAUGAGAACAAUCUGCCUGUCAGCAGCAGAGAGGAGUGAACCUGUCUUGGAGGAAAGCUAACCCACGAAUGGCCUGCCAGUCUGUCGCUGCAGUCAUGGACGAGCAGGCCCUGCUGGGGCUCAACCCGAACGCCGAUGCCCGCUACAGGCAGAGGGCCAUGGCAUACUUUGAGCAGCUGAAGGAGUCUCAGGAUGCCUGGGAGGUGUGUGCAGAGGCCCUCGCUAAAGGGAUUUACAAUGACGACCAUGUGAAGUUCUUCUGCUUCCAAGUUUUGGAACAUCAGAUUAAGUUCAGACACGCUGGUCUGAGUGCAGUUCAGCAGCAACUCAUCAGAGAGACUCUGAUGAAGUGGCUCCAGUGUCAGCUCAUGAAUGCCCAGCCUGAGAAGCCGUUUAUCAGGAACAAGGCGGCUCAGGUGUUCGCCCUCACCUUCGUCAUGGAGUAUCUGACCAUGUGGCCCAAGUUCUUCUUCGACAUCCUGUCGCUGGUGGGUCUGAACCCUCACGGCGUCGACAUCUACCUGAGGACGCUCAUGGCCAUCGACGCCGAGGUGGUGGACAGAGAUAUCCUCCACUCGCCUGAGGAGACACGUAGAAACACCUUAAUCAAAGACAGCAUGCGGGAGCAGUGCAUCCCCAACCUGGUGGAGUCCUGGUUCCAGAUCCUGCAGACCUACCAGCAGUCCCACCCGGAGCUCACCUGCCAGUGUCUGGAGGUGGUGGGAGCGUACGUGUCCUGGAUCGACCUCAACCUCAUCGCCAACGACCGGUUUGUGAACCUGCUGCUGAGUCAGAUGUCGGUGGAGGAGCUCAGAGAGGAGGCCUGCGACUGCCUGUUUGAAAUCGUCAACAAAGGAAUGGACCCCGUGGAUAAAACCAAGCUGGUGGAGUCUCUGUGCCAAGUUCUGCAGUCUGCUGGAUUCUUCAACGUGGAACAGGAGGAGGACGUGGACUUCCUGGCCAAGUUCUCGCGGCUGGUGAACGGGAUGGGUCAGAGUCUGGUGCUGAGCUGGACCAAACUGGCCAAGACCGGCAAUGUGAAGGACACGGCCGAGACGCUGCAGGCCGUGGAGACCAAAGUGCCGCUGCUGCUGCAGCUGCUGGUGCACGAGGACGACGACAUCUCGGCCAACAUCGUCGGCUUCUGCUACGAAUACCUGCACGUUCUCAAACAGCUUCCCCAACUGACAGACCAGCAGAAAACAAACGUAGAGGCCAUCAUGCUCGCUGUCAUGAAAAAACUGACGUAUGACGACGAAUACAACUUUGAAAACGAGGGCGAGGACGAGGCGAUGUUUGUGGAGUACAGGAAGCAGCUGAAGAUGCUGUUGGAUCGUCUGGCUCAGGUGUCUCCUGAGCUGCUGCUGGAGGCCGUACGACGAGUCUUCACCAACACCAUGCAGAAUUGGCAGACGGCCCCGUUCAUGGAGGUGGAGGUGGCCAUCAGGCUGCUGUACAUGCUGGGCGAGGCCCUGCCGGCAUCUCAUGGCGCUCAUUUCACCGGAGACACGGCGAAGACGAGUGCCCUGCAGGACAUGAUGAGGACGCUGGUGUCCUGCAGCGUGAGCAGCUACCAGCACAGCUCAGUGUCUCUGGAGUUUUUCGAAACAGUUGUUCGAUACGAUAAAUUCUUCAUCGUGGAGCCUCAGCACAUCCCAAAUGUUUUGAUGGCGUUUCUGGACCAAAGAGGACUGAGACACAACAGCCCAAAGGUCCGCAGCAGAGUGGCCUACCUCUUCUCCAGAUUCGUCAAAACUUUGCAUAAACACAUGAAUGCCUUUGUUGAGGACAUCCUGACCAGGAUCCAGGACCUGCUUGAACUCGCUCCCCCCGAAAAUGGCUUCCCGGCGCUGCUGACCAGUGAUGACCAGCUGUUCAUGUUUGAGACGGCGGGCGUUCUGAUCGUGAACGGAGAGAGUCCCGUAGAGAGGAAACAGGCGCUGAUGAGGAGCCUGCUGUUGCCACUGAUGGACGCUUUCCGCCUGCUGCUCGCCAAACUGCCGCAGGAGACGGAGGAGGAGAGGAAGACCGUCCUCGCAGACUGUCUGAGCCACGCUGUCGGAUUCGCCAGUCGGACCAGCAAGGCGUUCAGCAACAAGCAGACGGUGAAGCAGUGCGGCUGUACGGAGGUCUACAGAGACUGUCUGCAGACCUUCCUGCCUGCACUGAGCUGUCCCGUCCAGCGGGGGGUGCUGCGAAGCUCGGUCCGCUCCUUCCUGCACCGAAUGAUCAUCUGCCUGGAGGAGGAGGUGCUGCCCUUCAUCCCCGCCGCCUCCGAACACAUGCUGAAGGACUGCGAGGCCAAAGAUCUGCAGGAGUUCAUCCCGCUCAUCAGCCAGAUCACCGCCAAGUUCAAGCGGCAGGUGUCUCCCUUCCUGCAGCAGGUCUUCAUGCCGCUGGUGCUCGCCAUCUUCGAGGUGCUGGCCCGGCCGGCGGAGGACAACGACCAGGCGGCCGCUCUGGAGAAACAGAUGCUGAGGAGGAGCUACUUUACCUUCAUCCAGACCAUCACAGGAAGUGGGAUGAACGAGGUGAUGGCCAACCAGGGAGCAGAGAACAUCGAGCGAGUUGUGUUCACCAUCAUCCAGGGAGCCGUGGACUUCCCCGACCCCAUCGCUCAGAAGACCUGCUUCAUCAUCCUCUCCAAGCUGGUGGAGCUGUGGGGAGGUAAAGACGGCAUGGUGGGCUUCCCCGACUUUAUCUACAAACACAUCGUUCCUGCAUGUUUCCUGGCUCCUCUCAAACCGACCUUUGACCUCUCAGACGCUCAAACAGUCCUGACGCUGUCAGAGUGUGCUCUCACGCUGAAAAUGAUUCAUCUCAAAAGGGGGCCGGAGUUUAUUCAGUUCUUGCAGCAGGAGUAUUUGCCCUCACUUCAGGUGUCACCAGAAAUCUCACAGGAGCUUUGUCAAGUGGUUCAGCAGCCAGACGUCAAAGUCCUGAAAAACUACAUUAAGGCGUUCUUUCUGCGAGCCAAGCUGUAGGAAAUACAAGUGGAAGUUCACUGGGACUGAAAGGACACUUCACAGGAAGUGGUCGUACACGCCACUUACAACAAAACAAUGGAACCUAGCAUAGGAGCUGCUUUUGCACUUAAAAAGCGAAUGCGUAACAAAGCCCAGUUUGUCUAAGUCGGGACAUGGACAGAAGGUCGGUGGACGGAUAAAUCCCUCCAGCCGCCGACGAGACGAGCUGUCCACGUGGACGUAAAGGAGCUUGACUGACGAUCAGAAAUAUGGAGAACUUUGUGGAAAGUCGUGUGGAAAAAGGCUUUUAGAAGUAAACACAGAUCUGUGGGAGAGGACGCGACCUAUCUGGGGAAACAUUUUGGUAAUUAUACUUAAACAAUCUGAGCACCUGUCGGUUAGGACUUGUGAAACGAUAGCUUUAUUCUAGUUAAACCUUCACAUUAGAAUCCACAUGCUAGGUUUGAGUUUUUUGGAUGUUGUUGUUGCCACAGAAUGGACAAAAAAAAGGGCUGAAUUGUAUUAUUUUUAUUCAAAAUGUGGCAUUGAUUUAAUUUUUUUCCUUAUGUGUUGAGGAAUGGACGGUUGAUUUUUAAGUUUGAAGUGAAACGUUAAGUGCUUACGGCCCGGCUCGAUCUGCAAACAUCCACGGACUUUCCAGAAUCCUCCAUUUAAAAGCAAAUAUUAUCGGUAUUAUCUCAACCACUCUUUAUAUUUGUUUCCUGAUGGGAUGUAGAUAUUCCAGUUUCAGUUACAUCAGCCCCUUUAUGAUUAAAUUGAAGACAUGAUAUUAGUCCAUGGAAUAUUUUUCUUUCCUGGAAAUAUGACAAAUAUUUUGGGCUGUUUUUAAUUUCAGGUGGAAAUGAACAUAAAAUAGAGGAACAAAGUUGUAAAUAAGAGAAUAAGAUGUUAAAAAAAAUGUAAAUAAAGUUCCUAGCUUUAGUUUUGUUUUUUGUUUUUAAUCUUCAUUCCCAUCUGGAAACUAAAUAUGGAAGCCCAUCUCUGCCAGAAAAUGAAAACAAAGGAUUAAAAGUCAGAAAUGAUAAAAGUCAAAAUUAUGAGAUACUAAGUUUUGACGUACUACCCGUAAUGUUGACUUAGUGUCUCUCAAAUUUUGACCUGUUUAAAUCUCAUAAUUGUGACUUCAAAAGUCAUAAUUUUCUGUUAGUAUCUCAUUAUUUUGACUUGCCAGUAUUUUUGUUUAUCAUUAUUUUUAUUUAUAAUAUUUUUGACUUACACUCAUAAUUGUGACUUAAACUUGAAGUUGUAAGUCUCAUGAUUGGAACUUAGCAUAACAUUUUUACCUUGUAAAUCUAAUUUUGACUAAAAAUCAUAAUUUUUAGUUACAAUCUCAUAAGACUUGCUUUGAGUAUAUUUAUUUAGCAUUAUUUUUAUUUAUCAUAUUUUUAACUUUGUGAAUCUCAUGAUUUUGACCUAAAAAUAUUUUACUAAAAAGUCAGAAUUUUCAGUUACUAUCAUAAUUGUGACUUUCAGUAUUUUUGUCAUAUUUUUUGGCUUAGUAUCUCAUAAUUUGACCUUUGCAAAUCUCAUAAUUGUGACUUCAUACUUUUGACUUAGUAAAAAUUUAAAUGAGAUCUACUAUCAAAAUGUUGACUUUGAAGAACUGAAAUCUUAUUUUUGUGACAAAGUAAGUAACAUUUAACUAAUUCUGGCCUGUUAAAUCUCACAAGUCUGACUUAAAACAUCAUGAAUUCGACUUAUUUUGAGUAUUUUUAUUUUUGUCAUUCCUAACGUUUAAUAUAUUUGUUUUGUCUUUUCUUGGUGAUAAUGAGCUUCCAUAGAAAUACGUGAACUCGUUCGUAGGAACCGUUCAUGUACAGCUCGUGUAAAAACAUUCGAUUUGCUUGUGUACAGAAGCAGCUCGACAAAUUUUAUAUUGAAGCAUUUGUGACAAUUCAGGAUGAUCGACUAAUUGAUUAUGCAACGCUUUACUGCGAGCAAUACUGUGAAGGAGCUGUCUAACAGUAACGAAACCAAUCAGUGUGAGACGAGAUCUAACUGUAAACUUUGUGACUGAUCAUUUUUGCUGAUGUGGGAAAACUCUGUACAGAUGUUUCUGUUCUUUAACACUUUGGAUAUUGUGACGCCCCACUUUGUUCUGUCUCACUGUACAUCUCAGUUACUGUUUCCACUGUUAAAAUCGGUUUGUGAUGUUCAGUGCGUUCCUAGUGAUUUGGUUUAGCAGUUUAACAGUUUUUCUUUGGCUUUAAACUUAUUAUAUUUUCCCAGAAACUUCACCUUUUUGAAAACCUCCAGAGAAAGUGCCUGAAAGUGUUGCGCUCAGUUAAAUGUGGUCAUGCAGGCAUAUAAAUAAAGCUAGUUUAAAGUAUAAGUCCAGGUGGCGUUAUACAUUUUUCUAACUGUCAACAAAUCCCACGAGAAGACAAAAACCAAAAAUGUGUCAACCCAUCUCAGUACUUUUUAUGGUCCAUUGGUUUCUACUAAAGUCGUUUUUAAAAAAAAAAAAAAAACAAACAAACAAACUCACAAAUAUAUAGUUUCUUUUUGUUUUGUUUUUUUUCAAAGAGGCUCAGUAAUUUCCUGAAACAGCUGGUCACUGUAGUUUUUAUCAAACGUUACUCAAACAGGAGGAAAUAAUGCAUUUGUUGGACUAUUUUCAGUGGUGGAUUAAUAAAUAUUUGGAUUUACACAAUAUUUGUUAAUAGGAUCAGUUCAUUUUUAGUUCGGCUCUGCACGUUGGAUUUGUUGACAAGAAAAAAUAUAUAUAUAUAGAAUAUCACCGAAUUUAUCCUUCCAGUAUAUUUAAUAAUAAUAAACCAUUUCUCAAAAUGCAACAUGUCAGGAUGAAAUUGGUUGGUCUUCCUCUGGUUCGAUGGAUUUCUGUGUGUAAAAUAUAUUGAACGACAAUUUAAAAUAGCAUCUGUAAAAAGAAGCUUUUUUUCUGAGGCAACAAAACCAAAAUCUGACAUUAACUUGAUAUUUGGAAAGCUGAAAAAUAAAUUCACAUGCACAAUAAUUCAGUUAAACUUUAAUCUUGACCCACCCCCUCAAUGUCCACUUACUAGCUAAAGCUCCAGAAAAAGCUAAUAAGGGGACCUUUAGCAAAAACAUUUUUGCCAAACAGAUUAAGCUAAUGUUACAAAAUUGGAAUGGAUAUGCAGUUAGCAUCCCUCAUCUCCAGGGUCAGAUGAGAAGAUGGAUAUUAGUUUCAUCUCUACAGAGAUCGGUUUAGCCUAGCUUAGCACAAAGACUGGAAGCAGGGGGAAACUGCUAGCCUAGCUCCAUCAAAAGAGGAAAAAAAAUCCACCUUCAAAGAACUCCAAAGCUGUCUGAUUUACAUGUUGUAUCUUGUUAGCUAACAGUCUAGUCACCAAUCCAUCCAAGAGUUUGCUCAGCAGUUGUUGGUCAACAGAUGCUGCUACUAAAACCAUAAUGUCUCCUUUUUUACAUUUCUAUUUCUAAACCUGUUCAAUAAACAUGGAGCUAGGCUAGCAGUUUCCCCCAGCUUCCAGUCUUUGUAGGUAACUGGUAUAUACCAUUGAUGUGUUGAGCCUAGCUUAGUACAAACAGCUACCAACAUCAGGUAUGCUAGCUGUAGUUUGGAGUUGUUGUAAGGUGCUUUGUUCCUUUUUUUUUUUUUAAAGGAAUAAUUCAACAAUUUGGGAAAUUUGCAUAACAUAAUUUAGCUAAUGAACACAUAACAUUAAUUAUGCUAGCUGUUUUGUAGCAGUACUGGCUAGUAGUUUCCUCCUGUCUUCCAGUCUUUUCUGCUAAGCUUUGCUUUAAACUUGCACCAGUUAUCUGCAACAACUUGCUACAAACAGCUAGCUUAAUGUUUAAUACGCUUACUGUUUGUAGCAACAAAAAACAAACCAGAAACUAUAAAUACCUAGUCAAUAUAUGCUAGCUGUUUUGUGGCUACACUGGCUAGUAGUUUGUCCCUGCUUUCAGUAACACAAGCUGGACCUUUCUCUGUACUCUGUACUGUAAAUCAGACAUUUCCAUAAGUUGUUAAAAGGUGUAUUUUAUUACUUUCAUUACUUGUAUCACAGUGGUUGUUUGUCAACAAAUAACUGCUCCUAAACCACAAUGUCUUGUUUUUAAAUUUCUGUUUCUACACCUGUAUGUGACUCGGACGGCUUUGAAGGGUGGAUUAUUUUUAUUUUUCUCUUUUGAUGGAGCUAGGCUAGCAGUUUCCCCCUGCGUCCAGUCUUUUAGCUAAAAACAAAUACUAUAACAGCUAGCUACAACCAGCUGGCAUACUGUUCGAUAUGCUAACUUUGUUGUAGAUUAAAAAACAGUAACUAGCCAUAAGUACCUAGUGAUUAUACUACACUGGCUAGCAGUUUCCCCCUGCUUUCAGUCUUUAUGCUAAGCUGGGCUUGAGCCAUCUGGACUGGACGCACAGAUGAAAGUGAUCUUCUCAUCUAUAAAUAUAAAAGCAACAAAUGAAAGGAUUUCCCCCAAAAAAUAUCAGACUGGACUUAUAAAUCUGUAUUUUUUAUUUAUUUUUUUUCAGUUAGCUGCAGAAAAAUUACAGUGUGGGCUCAGGAAUGCAAACAUUGCUAAAAACUGUUUUUUAACAGUUGUUUUAAGUUUAACAGUUUGAGUGUGUUAAGCUGAUACGUUCCUUUUUUUUUGAGGAAUUGUUCAAUAUCUUGGGAAGUUUACUUUCUAUCUGCGAGUGACAUGUUCAGAUGGAUAUCAAUCUCAUGUCUCUGUGUUCGAUACAGAGCCUGAAUCAGGAUGUGGUUAGCUUAGCUUAGCAUAAAGACGGAAAACGGCUAGCCUGGCUCUGUCCAAAGUUUAAAAAAUACACCUAUGCACACCUCCUAAAGCUAACUGAUUAACAUGUUGAAUCUUGUUUGUUUAAGCAGGAGUGCUGUAACUAUUUCUCGCUAAGCUAGGCUAACCACGUCCUGACUUUAGCUCUGUUAGCAACACACGCAAACGGGAGAUUGAGAUCCAUCUGAACAUCUCGCUCUCAAAAAGAAAUAAGCAUAUUUUUGCCCAAAUAUUGAACUAUUCCUUCUAAAGUCUUCAGUUUUGUCACAGUUUCACCUCCGUACACAUGCAUCUGUUUCAACACUAAAAUGACGAAACACCGACACAGUGGGCUCAGUCAGGAUCUGCACUUAAUUCACCUGUUAACUUAUAUGAACCAGGUCCAAUCAACUUGAAUGGUAAAUAUCACAAACACCUGAAGUAAUGAUUUAAUGUGAUUUGUGUUCCUCAUCUUACCGUCAUAGUAUUCACUCAGACACUAGAAGUCAAAUCUAUUCUUCUUUAGUAAACCCGUUAAAGUAGAAUCAGCUGUGCUAAAUAGCAUGACCACUUGAAAAAUCAGCUUCAUUAGACGCUUGAUGAAUAUUCAGGUUGUUGCAGCCUGUUUUUAUUUUUAUUUUUCUGUUUAAAUCAUCUUCAGCAGAGGGAACUGAGGUUUGCUCAUAUAAAAGGAAAAACUUGCCAAAUGAAUUCAUUUGUUCAUUGAUGGUGAAAUGUUUAUUUUGUUUUUAUAUGGCGAUAAACCUUCUUUUAGAACCAAUAAAGUGUUUACUAAUCAUGAGA